CUCAGAGGUUACUUUUGAUAUUCGAAACGAGAAAAUCCUGUGGAAAUUUAAUUUAGAAGAACCUCGGUCGGUCAGAUCAAUACUUUAUUAAGCACCAUGGCUAAUUCAGGAAAAGGAACAUUUCGACCGGACUCUGACGUCCAUAUAUCCUUUGAAGACCAACAAAAGAUUAACAAAUUUGCGCGGCUGAACGCUAAAGUUGACGAUUUCAAAGAUGAGCUGAAAGUAAUACAAAACGACAUGAAGAAUUUGGAAGAAGCAGUCGAAGAGCUGGCGCUUGCUGACGACAGCGAGAAGAUUCCUUACCUUGUUGGAGAAGUAUUCAUUUGCCAGAGUCUUGAAGACACCAUGAAAUCAUUAGAAGAAUCAAAACAGAAAAAAGAAAAUGAAAUAGCUGAAUUAGAAGCAAAAUGUGAGGAACUCAAGUCUCAAAUGGCUGAACUGAAGGCACACCUUUACGGAAAGUUCGGAAGCCAUAUUAAUUUGGAAAAUGAGGAGGAAUGACACAUCAAAUGCAAUAUUCAGAUAAUGAAACA